AGCAGGGCAGCAUCAGUCACUUUGGAGCCUUCCAGACUCAGAGGUAGCAGAGGAGGUGAGAGAUGAGCUGCAGCUGAACUCUCACAGGGCUCACUGACACCACACCACAACCUGAUUGGUUUCUUUCCCACGAUUCUCCAGCAACAUGAGCUCCUCAUCCUCCAACCUGCACAAAAAACGCCUGCCAUCGGAGUCCGAGAGAGGCCAGAGGCUCCCAGAUGUGGAGCUCAAGCUGAAAGAGAGGCAGCGUUUCUUUGAGGAGGUCUUCCAGCAUGAUGUGGACGUCUACCUGUCCUCGGCACACCUGUGCAUCAGAGACUACCAGAGACCUCCCAUUGGCAGCGUCUCGUCCAUGGAGGUGAAUGUGGACUUGCUGGACCAGAUGGACCUGACUGACAACUCUGACCAGGAGGCUUUGGAUGUCUUCUUCAGUUCUGGAGGAGAAGACGAAGGCCUGACGUCCCCACUGCCAGUCCAACGAAACAACAACAACAACGAGGAAGUCAACAGUAAUGGACUCUUUCGACACGUCCUUGAUGGCCUGGACGCCAAGUCCCGCAUGUCCUCCACAUCUUCAAACUCCUCCUCCGAAAGCCAGACCACCAAUGCCAACGGUGCAAAUACCCCUGUGGUCGGGUUCGAAGAUGAAGAAGUACACACCAGCACAGUGAGAAGGAGGUUCCCACCUCCAGAGAAAGAAAGGAUGUAAAGCGGAUCUCCUCCUGCAGGAUGGCAGCUGUCACCUCUGGUCGGGGUUAAGAGUUUACUGUGGUGCAAGACAUUCAAAGAAGCCUCUCAGUUACGACUGUCUUCCACAGACUGUCGCUUAUCUCUGCUCACAACCUUUCUUUUGACUGAUGGUUGUUGUUGGUUGGGUGCUGUGUGUGAUUUGGAGGUGGAGACCAUGACCUGUAAAUAUGGAGAUUUCCUAUUAAUCUGACCGGUUUCUAUUCCUGUAAUGGCAUGUUUGAAGGACAAGACCUGCUCCUCUGUCACUUACUUCCCAGGAUUUUAAUUUUGUACAGAAUUAACACAGAAUAAUAAUAUUAUCCAUGGACGAAAAAUGUGGUGGAAAAAAGUGCUUUAACAUUGUAGCAGUUUUUCAGUUU